AUGGAAAUGCCAGGUAGAAGAUCCAAUUACACUCUCCUCAGCCAAUUCCCCGACGAUCAGGUCUCCGUCUCCGUCACCGGAGCCCCUCCUCCUCACUACGACUCCUUCUCCAGCGAGAACAGGAGCGGCGGCGGCGGCGGGAGCAACGGGAAAUCCAAACCCGGAUUCGAUUGGGAUCGGACCGGGAACAUGUACGCUUCGCCUCUCGGUUUGCAGAGGCAAUCGAGCGGGAGCAGUUUCGGCGAGAGCUCCUUGUCCGGCGGGGAUUACUAUAACAUCCCCGCCGCGGCGGGUAACGAGAUCGAAUCUGCGGGGUUUCCUCUAGAUGUCGGAGGAGUGGGAGGAGGAGAUUUGAGGAUUCAGAUGGCGGCGGAUCCGGCUGGAGGUUCGGCUUCUGGGAAGAGCUGGGCGCAGCAGACGGAGGAGAGUUAUCAGUUGCAGCUUGCUUUGGCGUUGAGGCUUUCCUCUGAGGCUACUUGCGCUGACGAUCCGAAUUUUCUGGAUCCUGUUCCGGAUGAGUCCGCUUUGCGGACUUCUCCGAGUUCAGCUGAAACCGUUUCUCAUCGCUUCUGGGUGAAUGGAUGCUUAUCGUACUAUGAUAAAGUUCCUGAUGGAUUUUAUAUGAUUGAUGGUCUGGAUCCAUAUAUUUGGACCUUAUGCAUUGAUCUACAUGAAAGUGGCCGCAUUCCUUCUAUUGGAUCAUUGAGAGCUGUUGAGUCCGGUGUUGACUCUUCGCUUGAAGCGAUCUUUGUCGAUCGGCGUAGUGAUCCUACCUUCAAGGAGCUUCACAAUAGAGUCCACGACAUUUCUUGUAGCUGCAUAACCACUAAAGAGGUUGUUGAUCAGUUGGCAAAACUUAUCUGCAACCGUAUGGGAGGUCCAGUUAUCAUGGGAGAAGAUGAGUUGGUUCCCAUGUGGAAGGAGUGCAUUAAUGGUCUAAAAGAAUGCUUUAAAGUGGUGGUUCCUAUAGGUAGCCUCUCUGUUGGACUCUGCAGACAUCGAGCUUUACUCUUCAAAGUGCUUGCUGACAUAAUUGAUUUACCCUGUCGAAUUGCAAAGGGGUGCAAGUAUUGUGAUAGAGACGAUGCUGCAUCGUGCCUUGUCAGGUUUGGGCUUGAUAGGGAGUAUCUGGUUGAUUUAGUCGGAAAGCCAGGUCACUUGUGGGAACCCGAUUCCUUGCUAAAUGGUCCCUCAACUAUCUCAAUUUCUUCACCUUUGCGGUUCCCGCGACCCAGGCCUGUCGAACCCGCAGUCGAUUAUAGGUCACUAGCCAAACAAUACUUCACCGACAGUCAAUCUCUGAACCUUGUUUUUGAUCCUGCAUCAGAUGAUAUGGGAUUCUCAAUGUUUCAUAGGGGUGGAGAGAAUGACGUUUCGGCAGAAGGGGGUGGGUCUUUCCCUCCCAGUGCUAAUAUGCCUCCACAUAACAUGAUGCGUGCGUCAAGCCAUGUCCAUGAAGCAGUGCCUAUAAGUGCCCCACCAACCAAUCAGCCGGUUCUGAACAGAGCAAAUGGGGAACUUGGACAUGAUGGUGAUGAUAUGGACAUCCCAUGGUGUGAUCUUAAUGUAAAAGAGAGGAUUGGAGCAGGUUCCUUCGGUACUGUUCACCGUGCUGAGUGGCAUGGCUCGGUAAGAACUUUUUCUCUGAAUUUUGUUGCAAUAAUGAAACGCCUUCGUCACCCAAAUAUUGUUCUCUUCAUGGGUGCUGUCACUCAACCUCCAAAUUUGUCAAUAGUGACAGAAUAUUUGUCAAGAGGUAGUUUAUACAGACUUUUGCAUAAAAGUGGAGCAAGGGAGCAAUUGGAUGAGAGACGCCGCUUGAGUAUGGCGUAUGAUGUGGCCAAAGGAAUGAAUUAUCUUCAUAAUCGCAAUCCUCCGAUUGUACAUAGAGAUCUAAAAUCUCCAAACUUGUUGGUCGACAAAAAAUACACAGUCAAGGUUGUAGCUGCGGUUGGUUUCAAGAAUAAGCGGCUUGAGAUCCCACGGAAUCUAAACCCUCAGGUUGCAGCCAUAAUCGAGGGUUGUUGGACUAAUGAGCCAUGGAAGCGUCCAUCAUUUGCAACAAUAAUGGAUUUGCUAAGACCAUUGAUCAAAGCAGCGGUUCCUCCACCCAAUCGCUUGGAUAUGUGAAGUCACCGGUCCACUUCUAAACACAACACAAUCAUUGAUGAAUGGUGCACAUACACUCUCUCAGCAUUCUUUUGCUGCCCAGGAGGGGAGCACUAGUUAAGAUAGCUGCAACUUGUGAGCUAUCCUUCUUAUCCUAUACAAAUUCGUCACAUGGAAGAAAAAUAAGUAGUUGAAAAAAUAGUAAUGGAAACUGUGAGUAGAUAAUAUGUUAUCUACCUCCUCCCAUGGGUAAAGCAAGCAAGGUUUUGUUGUAGUAUUUUGUUUGAUCCCACAUGUAAUGUUUGUUUCUUUAUUUACAUUGUUGUACAUCAAAACUGCUAAAUUAGCAAGUUAAGACUUAAAGAGUGUCCCAACAAAACAAAAGUUCUGUGUAGCUGCUGUCAAGGGUUUUGCAAACUCAAUAUAAUUC